AGUUAGCAUUGUAGCUAUCGACGCGAACGCUAAUUUAUUACGUUUUAAAUGUUUGUAUUGUGUUAUUUAACUUGUUUUACGUCAUAUAAUAUAAUGACAAUUUAGUGUUUAAAGCUAAUUCGCCAAGUCGUUAGUUCGAUUAGCUGUCUGUAUUUUACGGCUGGUCUAUGCUAGUACUUGUUGUACAGCUAGCAUAGCGAGUUAGCCUGUCAGAAAGAGAGAUCUUCAUUCAGAGACAGAGGACAGAGUGAUGCCACCUGUUUCAGAUGAAGAACCAGGCUUGGGGCAGGAGGGGACACUAAACCGGGCAGAUUGCUUGUGUCCCAUCUGCCUGGAGAUCUUUCUGGAGCCAGUCACAUUGCCAUGCACACAUACUUUCUGCAAACCCUGCUUUCUGGAGACAGUGGACAAGGCAAAUAUCUGCUGCCCUCUCUGCCGAAAACGUGUCUCUACUUGGGCUAGGCUGAACAGCAGGAACAAGACCUUGGUGAACACAGAGCUGUGGAGGCGCAUUCAGGACGCUUUCCCUACACAGUGCCAGCGUCGAUUAAAUGGCGUUGGAGAAGAGGAGGAGGAUGUAAACGUGUUUAUGCAAAAACCCAGAGUUAGUCAGCCAGGUGAGCUCAGGCGCGAGUAUGAGGAGGAGAUUAACAAGUUUGUAGAGGAGAAGCGAGCUCUUGAGGAGGCAGAGAGGAAGGCCAGUGAAGAGUACAUACAGCGCCUCCUAGCUGAAGAACAGGAGCGAGUGGAGGAGGAGAGGAGGAGGCAGGAAGAGAGACAGCUAGAGGAUGAUGAGAGACUUGCAAGAUUGCUCAGUGAAGAAUUGAACGCAAGUCCAAUUUUGGAAACACAGAGGAACAAUAAAGUUAAUGAAUCUUCCAAGAAAAAGAAAUCCAAUGUGGGACACAUUGAAAAGUAUCUGACGCCUUACACGCAGUCACACUGCGAGACCAAGCAAUCUUCUACACGUUUGGACAAUAAGGAAAACAUUCUGAACACUUCAACCUUGAAAGAUGCUUCCAGCAUUGAACUGCACUCCUUGGACUCUAGUAAUAAACCUUCUACAUCAAGCUCAGAUCCAGAAACUUGUAAUCAACUCUUUGACACUUCCAACAUAACCAACAGCUACGCUAAAAGGAAGAGUGCAGAUGGCGAACAAGCCGUAACAUGUAAGAAGCCCUGUACUUCCCCAUCGCCUGCAUCUCCUCUUCACGACUGUGCUUUCAUGCAGGAGAUGGCGGAACAGGAGGAGGGUUUUAGGGUCCGGUUGCAGCAGGAGGAGGAGGACAGAAGGUUGGCGCUGCGUCUGCAGAAGGAACUAAACCGAGAGUACAACGUGGACCGCAGAAAAGGCUCUGCUGAUGGGUAUUUACUGAGGGAGAAAAACAGCCCUUCAUUCAGCAGCAGUUCAAGCCCAGGCGAGGAGAACAAAACAGGGAAAGCUUGUAGUCCGCAUUCUUCAAGACAGAAGGUAGAUGGACAUAAAGCUGGGAAGAGAGCUAACAACCAAGUCGAGGGCAGAAGUCUUAAGACAAGCUCUAAUUCUACACCAGUGUCUCCUUCUACAUCCUCGUCAGUGCAGAAGGGCAGAAAGCAGACCACACUUACUGAAAUGUUUCCGAGUCUGGGCAACUAAGCUAGCUCUGUGAGCAUCUUAAUCAAUCCUUAGUUACCGUUUCCUUAUAUGUUGUUACAUUUAGCACAUUUCAUAUUUAGCCUCUCUUUUUUACUGACUGCUGAUUUUUGAAGAACAUGGGAAUGGUUGAAGUGGAGUGUAACGAAUACACAAAUCUUUAUUUGUAAAAAUUGACAUGGAAAUUUCGCAAACUUUUAAUCGCUGCAAAAAAGAUGUUUAUGCAUGGUUCUAUUUUUCUGUAAAGUUCUUUUUAUUUUAAGGAAUAAAAUAGUUGUUAAAAUC